UUAAAAAAAAAAAAAGAAGAAGAAAGAAAAAUGGCAGUUCCAGUGAUUAAAUUCCCAAUCUUGAUGAGGUUGAUUAGGUUAAUGGGGGUGUUAGUAACUGCUUUGGUGUUGACAUGGACUGUUCAUUACAGAGGAGGACUGGCUCUUGUCUCUGCUAACAAAGAUCUCAUCUUCAAUGCACACCCUGUUUUAAUGGUGAUUGGGCUUGUACUCGUGAAUGGUGAAGCCAUGCUAGCCUACAAAACGGUGCCAGGAACAAAAAGCUUCAAAAAAUUAGUUCAUCUGACACUACAAUUCCUCGCAUUUUGUUUAAGCUUGAUUGGCUUUUGGGCUGCUUUGAAAUUCCACAAUGACAAAGGCAUUGACAAUUUUUACAGCCUGCAUUCUUGGCUGGGACUAGCUUGCCUUUUCCUCUUCAGCAUCCAGUGGGCUUCUGGGUUUGUAACCUUUUGGUAUCCAGGAGGUUCAAGAAACAGCAGGGCCACCUUGCUUCCAUGGCAUGUGUUCUCUGGGGUUUAUAUUUAUGCCCUAUCUGUUGCCACUGCUACUACUGGUAUCUUAGAAAAGGUCACUUUCCUCCAAACCAACAACGUGAUAUCACGCUACUCCACUGAAGCUUUGCUGGUGAACUCAUUGGGUAUCUUGAUGAUUGUUCUGGGUGGUUUCGUUAUUCUUGCAUCAGUUACUUCUCUGAAUAGCAAAGGCGACAUCCCUAGAAAUGCAACAGAGUAGGCACAACAUGUACAUUUCUACAACUGAUGAUUGAUUGAGUGGUGUAUUCUUAUUGCAUAUGAGUCACAGGUUUAUAAUUUAUUGUUAAAAGAUCAAUGUACCACAAAAAAAAAACUCGCUUGGAGUUCUAUUUGUUUGCAUUUGCAUGUUGAACAUUGAGAAAAAAUUUCUGAACUUGUUAUUUUAGCAAAGGUUAUGCAGAGUGGUUUCUUUAA